CACGCUGCUCCUGCUCUGAGCUACGCCCAUGCCGCUCCGGCUCUCAGUUACGCUCAUGCGGCUCCGGCGCUCAGCUACGCUCACGCCGCUCCCGCUCUGAGCUACGCACACGCUGCCCCCAUCGCACAUGCUGCUCCCCUCGCGUACGCUGCUGCCGCUCCCAUUGCGAAAUACGCUGCCGCUCCCGUUCUCGCCAAGGCUGCCAUCGCCUACGCCUCCCCAACCCUACCAGUUCGGUUACGACUCCGUGGAUGAGUACGGAACCAAGCAGUCCCGUCACGAGGUUUCCGACGCCUACAACAACAAGAAGGGAUCGUACUCCUUCUCUGAUGCUCGAGGUAUCGCUCGUCGCGUCGACUACGUCGCCGAUGCUGCCGGAUUCCGGGCUUCCAUCAACACCAACGAGCCGGGAACCGCUCCCUCUGUUGCCGCUGCCGCCGUCUACAACGCUGCCCCUCUCGCCGUCAAGGCUGUGGCUGCCGCCCCCGUUGCCGCUUACGCUGCGGCUCCCCUUCUCGCCAAGGCUCCCCUCGCCUACGGACACCACUACUAAGCUCAAGCUUCUUAGUUAGAUGCCUCUCAUCGUGUUCGUGAAAGGACGAAUGAUCAUUUUCAGAACUUCAUCUCCUGUGAUACGUCUGUGUCCAACUCUUUGUCUGUGAAUUUCUCCCGAAAUGUAUAUUCCAGUUUCUAUGAUAUU